AUGUCACCACCCCCCAAUCAUCCGGAGCUGGUAACACUCCGUCAACCACUGGUCCCGCCGAGUCACGGAGUUCAUGAUACGUUCGUGGCCGAAGAAAACAAACACGUCGAAGCUGGUCAGCGCGCGUACACUUAUCGACCAUUGAUCAACCCCAAUGUGUAUGACAAGGAUGUCCUCAAUCAAAUCAUCUUGGCAAUCGAGUUGGAUAACAAGCCCUUGCUGAAGACCGCGUUAAUAGCUCUCGCAAGACGGCCUCAGCCACUGACCAUGGAAGAUGCUGAUCGCCUCGGUCUUGACAUUGUACUCUUGAUGGCAAGCGUCCGAGAGAGCAUUGUGGCGGCCGACGAUGGUACCGCGGUAGCGGGUAGAAGAAACGCGGAGGGAGUCGAUUUUGAACCUAUGAUUCAUCAGGUCUUCCGGGAGCGUCUUGGAAUGGGCACAAGCGCAGCAUCAGGCGAUCGCAGGAUGGCGGUCGGCAGGAUAAACAGGGAGGAGCUGGAUUUUGGGCCUAUGAUUGAGGAGAUUUUCCAGGAAUAUUUAGCGAAUGACCAUUCGAAUUCCUCAUGA